AUGGGCGAGAAUGGCACAAAUCUGCUUCAGCAGAAAGUGACUGAACGAGCCCGCGAGCAGAGAGCGACACGCGAUGCAGCACUGGGGAACAAAUUCCACAAACUGCCUGAUCCAACGUCAUCCAGAGGCGGCACACUGGUACACAACCUGUCGUCAAAGGAACUGACGAAGGAGCAAGCACAGGUUUUACGGCACGAAGCCUCAUUCAACACAGCUGACGCCAAACCUGUCAACAUGAUUGCAGCAGUGGAAUCGGUCAUUAAUCAGACGGAAGCGACGGAGAAGACGAAGAACCUUAUCCGACACCAAGUUACGUCCCUCCUUAUGACUCACAAGCCGCGCGAAACACUCACAAAGGUCGAACGCGAUGCACUAAGAGAACUCAAGGCCGACAAGGACAUCGUCAUUGUGCCCGUGGACAAGGGGCAUUCCACCGUCGUACUGGACAGAACAGACUACCUUCAGAAGGCCAAAAACCUACUGGAGGAUCGCCAGUUCGAUGUCCCAUGUGAAACCAACCCCAUAAAAACGCUGAUACGCGAAAUAAAUGCAACACUGUUGGCACUGGAGAACUCGGGUGCAAUAACAGCGACCGACCGACGCAUGGCGAGGGCCCAAGAAACGGUUUUGGCCCGAUUCUAUGGUCUCCCAAAGGUGCACAAGGAGGGCGCUCCUCUCCGGCCCAUUGUUUCGCUCAAACGCACUCCAACGUACGGACUGGCAAGAUGGCUGUUUCGGCGCCUCAAAUUUCUGACCGCUGAUUCGGACACCACGGUCUGUUCGUCAACGCAAUUCCUGGAGAAGCUUAAAGGAGUAAGUCUCUUGCCCAAUGAGGUCAUGGUAUCUUUUGAUGCAACGUCCCUCUUUACUUCUAUCCCCCAGGAUCUGGCAAUCGAGACCGUCCAACUACUCCUACGAAACAAAUACGAUGAAACGGAGAAUCGUCUCGGACAUGCCUAA